GAUGUUUGUAACGCGGGGAGAAUUUAGCCUUGCAGCAGCAGUUGCUGUUACGUUGUCACAGAGAAAGAACGCGUCGAUUUCUUCUUUACUGCUUUUACAUACUAAAGGCAUCCGAUUUCAGCUUCCGCAUACAGGGUGUGCCUCGAACCCUUAGCCAUUCCGCGGGCACAGCCGAGCACGCCCGCCUUUCCUCCUUUGUCUGGUCACAGCGCGCAGCGGAAAGGGAGGGAGGCAGCCGCCAUGUCAGCGGACGGCGCCUCGGCGGAGCGUCCAUGUCUAGAAAGUACCUCACAACCAUUUUCCUCUACUCCCCCUGAUGAGAGAUCUGGGGAUUCCAAUUCGUUGCUGUGUGGAGAAGUACCACCUGAAAAAGAUGAGAGGAAAAAUAUCAACAUCAGUGACUUGAAACUGGAGGACAGCAGCAGCAAAACUCCUGCUAUGAUAGAAGCAACGACCACCACAGUACGUGAAAAUAAGAAGUUAGAAAAGUCAACAGAUGGCAGUUCAGGUAAAAAGGAAAGACUUGUGCAAGAGCCAACAGUAACUGCUACAGUACAGGAAGUAUCGGGGGAUGGUCAGUCUGAACAUGGGGAGGCGAACAGCACUUCAAAGGAUUCUGUCCAGAAACAAAGUGGAACAAUGAAAGCAGUUCUACGGAGCUCAAGAUCCUCAUCUUGCAAGUUUCUGUCUUCUGCACGCGUAAAGGAAAAAGUGAAAGCUGUUCCAUCGGCAACAACUGUUUCACCUCAGUAUUUGGGAACAUUAAAGAUGUUGGAGGAUAAACACUUGCAGAAGAAUAGUACAGAAUUUGACAAAGCAGAUAGUUUACGAGCAGCUGUUUUCCAGAACUGGGUGGAAAAGAAAAGAGUUUCUCUACUGGAAUUAAAGAGAAUUGAAAAGAAAAAAGCUGAAGAGCUGAGGAACGAUACUGAAAAGAAAGAAGCUGUUAAAAGAGAGGAAGCAAAUGCAUCUUUUGAAACCUGGAAAGCAAUGAAAGCAAGAGAAGCAAAGAAGCUGAAUGAAAAAAAGAAGCUUGAAAAACUUAAGGAAAAGAAAGCAGCAGAACAGAACACAGAGAAAGCAGAAGCAGCACAGAAGGCAUUUGAAAAAUGGAAAGAGAAAAAAACAGAAUAUUUGAGAAAGCAAAGCAGACAGGAAGAACAGUGUGAAAGAAUCAGAAAGAAGAAAGAAGAGGAAUUAGCGUCCGAAAAGAAGAGGGACAGCAUAUCAGCAGUUGAAAAAUGGAAUGAUAAGAAGAAAGAAUAUAUGAAACAAAAGAAGGCAGAAGAAAUCCUGGAGAGAAGAAAGAAAGAAAUACAACAGGGAGAGAAGGAGGAAAAAGAUAAAAUGGCCAUAGAAGAAUAUGAAAGAUGGAUGGAGAAGAUAAAGAGGAGAGAGCAGCUUGAGAAGAAGCAGAAGAACCUCCCAGCUGUCCAUGAGGAUGAAGUGUCUUUUCCCUGGAUCCCACCUGGCAGAGUCACCUAUACAAAGAAUUACUGAACAGUCUAUUGCCUUCUCUGCAAAAAGAUGAUCUGCUUAUAUUCUCUCAAGACUAGUGUGUUAUUUCAGUAACAGCUGAAUUUUCACUGAAUCCACGAUAGGUGUUGCAUCCUUUCUUUUUAGUUUAUUUGAUCUCUGGAGUUGAAAUGGGUCAGUUGUCCUAUUCCAUGACUUUAACAAAUGCACUAAUUUUUGUAAUUCUGUGUUUAACUUAGUUUUGCUAAAUGUUGUCUUACUCCAUUCCUUUUCGGUGAAAGUGCAUAUUCAAGAGAUGUGAGGCUGGACUCUGUUGGGUUUUUUUUUCACCCAGUAAGUGGCAGCUUACUUAGCAGAAUUAGCUUAAAUUACUAGACUACUAUUCAGCAUUAGUAACGACAAUUGUUACUCAAAAUGAGUGGUCAGUUGCAACUAGAUGUGUUCAGAAUCAAGAAAAAAAAAUGUUUCUAUGUCCAUUCUGAAAAGUCUUAGACUCAAUCUAUUUAUAAACAACUAAAUGAUGAUGAACAGGUGAUAAACACAGUAUUCAAGGAAAAGGGAAGUACAGGCCAGGGAGCCUACCUAUAUGUGCAAGAUGCAAAGACGUUCACACCUGAUGGUGUGUUUGAAUUACUUCUCUUCCUUCACCUGCAAAACCUGUUUUGAGUGAGUAGUUGAGAGGUGAUCCAUAUAUCAUAGGUGAGAAUGGUGUUUGUGAUCAGGAACGCUUCUGCCAUGAGGAUGAUGAGACUGGGGGGAUUACGUUUGGAAGAACUGCUGUGUGAAACAGGGAGGAUGGGGAAGGGGAUGUUGGGUGUCUUGCAAUAGAACAGAGACAUGAGGCUAAACAGUAUGGUGGGAGGAUUUCGUUUUCAUGCAUAAAGAAACAAGCUGCAGAGAACACACAGUUCUUAGAUUGUGAAAUAUAAAAAAUAACUUUUAAAUUAAAACUACAUCAUGUAGAAACUGCUUUUCACGAAGUCAAAAGCAGUUAGCUGUGGGAUGGAAGAAAAGAGCUAACUGGAACCGAUACAGUGUGAAAUGAUCCAGGUUUAAGACUGCAACUGUUAAUUAUGUUUCAGGUAUUUGUAUACAUUCAAAUUAUUUCCUGUUUCCUACUGGAAAUGAUAUUUUAGAAGCAUAUUUUGCAAUUCAUAAAAAAUCUUACAUAAAAACUUUAGUGCUGAGCAGUGGUAGUCUUUGAGGCAGUCUUAGGAACUGAAAAUGGCUUUUCUGGAACUGAAUUAAGACUUCAGUGGUUGUUUUUACAUGAUCAAAUAAAUCCCUCCCAAACACAUUUCAAUCAUUGCUAAUGAGCCAGUUUUUCUUUUUUUUUUAUUGCUGUUUGCCUUGCUUUUUUGGAAACAAAAAUAGUGGCAUCUCCUGGGAAGAGAAAAAAAACACAAGACUGUCAAACAGAGGAAUUUCUUUAGUUCCAGAGGUUUCUUGUUUGUAAUGAAUCCACCAAGGAUUUAAAUGCACUUGUUUUGGCCAUAACAGUUUUUAUUGCCAUAAUGCUGUACAGGUGACAGUUAUCACUGGGAUGUAUGUGAAAGUGAAAUUAGAAGGAUAUUUCAUUUCCUUACCGUUGAAUAUGGUUACGUUCAUUAUUGUUCUGUGACUUCAUAAUUCAAGCUUUGUCAAAGUUUGACAGAAGCAGAUAAGACAUGCUAGAACAGUAGGUAGACUCUUUUACAUAGUCCUGCUCUGUACUGGAACAUUUAAGCGGGUCUCUGCUGGUCCUGUCUCUUGCUUCCAGGUCUAUUUCUUCCUCAAAGGAUAAUUGUACUUGACUUGGAUUUGAUGCUUUUAUUUGUUUCUCAACUUCUGUUAUCAGGCUUCUCACCCAGACGUGUUGUGUGUGUUGAAGUUUUUGUUCUACUAAGGAAUUAUAAAGGAAAUAGGAAGCUUUAUGACGCCAUCCUUUGAUUACAUGCUGUCUGCAGAUGAUCCAGAUUUUUACCUGGCUUUAGCAAUGCUCUACUACAGAUAGCACAGACAGGUGAAUACGGGACUUUCAUAAACUCUGGCCCUGGCCCUGCCUGGACUACCCUUUACAUUGUGGCAGGUCAAGUGCUUUUUCCAGCAAUAGUGAUAUGACAAUGACAGUGUUGAUAUCUAGAGAGAGAGCGGAAGUUUUCUGCCUGCAGAAACUUUGAAGAAGUUGAGAACUUGCCCACCCAGAGCAGCUUCAGUGGACAACCCAAGAGGCAGGAUAAAAUUACAUAUACCAGCAGGAGAGUAACAACUACAGCACAGGCAAAAUCCAAAUGAAAUGCCAGCUCAGAAUUAACCCACACAAAUUUUAUGGGGAAAAAAAUGAUGGAUUCAUGCCUUUGGGCUGCAGCAGUGGUGUACAUCAUUGUCUGCUAGGCUUCUAGCACUACCAGAAACCUGAAGUUCAGGUUUAGUGCAUCAAGAAACUAUAUAGCUGUCUAAUUUAAUGGGAAGAUAAAAUGUAUAGUAGACAGCAGAGUGUUGUACAGCUGCCUUCAGGAGAGACUGAGGCAAAGUGUGCAGCCUGUGUGAAACUUGGGAUGCAGAAGCACCUAGAUCUUUAUUUUUGCAGUAUCCAGCUAGAGCAAGUAAAACAAGUCUCUAUGCUCACAGGCUAACAAUAGAGGGAUGCAAAUGAAAAGAGGUAAUGGCAGAUCUGGAAAAGGGUUUCUCGUAUGCCUGUUGCUAUGCUGAAUAUUGUGCUUUGCUCUUUUCAAGCCUUUAGCUAAUUGGAUGGAAAAAUUUUCUCAGAAGAUACAAGUGGGAAGAUGUAGGUGACAUGCUUCAUAGGAGUGAUAUACCCCAAACCCGCAGAAAUUCACAGCUUUUCAAUGAAGAAAAAGUACUCAAGCUUUGUAGACACCCACAAAAGAAGUUAAUACAACUCAGUGUUUGUCUUUUAUAAUGAAGUAUUGCAGUGUUGGUCUAAUUUUCAGACAUGUUAUAGCAUGAUGUAGGAAAAAGUGAAGCUGAGAUGUACAGGUGUGUAUAGUAACUUAUAAAAAUUUAUCUAUGCAAAUCCUAUUUAACUUGUUUAUUGAUGAUGAGAAAAUUAUUUUGUUAUUUGUCAAUAAAGUGUAUUUUAGUAUAAUGAG